UUCAAAUGACAGCCAAAAUCUCUUUUUUCCCGUGGCUUCUCAUCCUGUACAGUCUCACCUUUACUUUACUUAUCAAACACACUGUUUCUCAAGACAAUCGACAGGCUUAUAUUGUGUAUAUGGGAAACCGGCCAGAGGGCCAAAUUAUCUCCACAGCGGCUCUUCACAUAAGCAUGCUACGACAAGUUCUCGGCAGCAACAUUGGUCAGGAAUCUCUACUUCGUAGCUUCAAGAGAAGUUUCCAGGGAUUUGUGGUGAAGCUGACUGAGGAGGAAGCUCAAAGAAUGGCCAGAUUGCGGGGCGUAGUAUCAGUAUUUCCAAACCGAAAGAGAAAGCUCCAUACAACAAGGUCAUGGGAUUUUAUAGGUUUUUCUCAACAAGUUGAAAGAGCAACAAUUGAAGGUGAUAUCGUAAUUGGAAUGCUUGACACUGGAAUUUGGCCGGAGUCUGCCAGCUUUGAUGAUCAAGGAUUCGGUCCACCACCUACCAAAUGGGAGGGCAGUUGCCAAGCCUCCUCCAAUUUCACUUGCAACAACAAAAUCAUAGGAGCAAGAUACUACCGAAGUGAUGGAGAAUUUCCUGCGGGUGAUAUAAUUUCUCCAAGAGAUGAGAAUGGCCAUGGCUCGCACACUUCAUCAACAGCAGCCGGUAACUUAGUUAGCUCGGCAAGCCUAUAUGGGCUUGCCCAGGGAACGGCUAGGGGCGGUGUCCCAUCAGCACGUAUUGCCGUGUACAAAGUAUGCUGGGCAGACGGUUGCUACGAUGCUGACAUGCUUGCUGCAUUUGAUGAUGCCAUUGCUGAUGGAGUAGACAUUUUAUCUAUUUCAAUUGGAGGGUCAAAUCCUCAAGAAUAUUUCGAUAAUGCAAUUGCCAUUGGAGCUUUUCAUGCCAUGACGAAGGGGAUAUUAACCUCUGUUGCUGCUGGUAACGAUGGUCCUUCCCUUGGAAGUAUCACCAAUGUUGCUCCAUGGUUUCUUUCUGUGGCUGCUAGCACCAUUGACAGGAAGUUUUUGACCACGGUGCAACUGGGAAACAACCAAACUUACCAGGGAAUAUCAAUAAAUACAGCUACUCUUGAAGGUAUGCUUCCUCUUAUUUACGGUGGAGAUGCGCCAAAUAUUUCUGCAGGCUACACAAAUGCUUCGUCAAGUUUUUGCUUGGAGGACUCGUUGGACCAAAAUUUAGUGAAGGGAAAAGUCGUUGUUUGUGAUAUUCUGGAUACAGGAGAAGGACCAUUUUACGCCGGAGCAGCUGGUGCUCUGAUGCGUGGCCAAAGCAACAGAGAUGCUGCAUACCAUUUUCCCUUGCCCACAUCUUACAUUAACACGGCCGAUGGUAACAAAGUUAUGCUCUACCUACGCUCAACCAGCACUGCGACUGCUACUUUGUUUAAGAGCCAUGAGGCUACUGACACAUCGGCUCCUUACAUAGUCUCAUUUUCCUCAAGGGGUCCAAAUCCUGUAACUUCUGAUAUUCUUAAGCCAGAUUUAUCUGCUCCAGGAGUUGACAUUCUAGCUGCAUGGUCUCUUGUUAACCCUGUUUCAGAAACUAAAGGGGAUAAUAGGUUCGUUCCAUACAAUAUAUUCUCAGGAACAUCAAUGGCUUGCCCACAUGCUACUGCUGCAGCUGCCUACGUCAAAUCCUUUCACCCAACAUGGUCUCCAGGUGCCAUCAGAUCCACUCUUAUGACCACUGUUAACUGCACAAUCACUUUCAAUUUGGCUAAACUCUCUGCCACUUAUUUCCUCUUCGCAGCUACUCCUAUGAGUUCAAAAUCAAACCCGGAAGCUGAAUUUGCUUACGGCGCAGGCCAAAUAAAUCCCAUUAAAGCUCUAAAUCCUGGGUUGGUAUAUGAUGCAGAGGCCAUUGAUUACAUAAAGUUUUUAUGUGGCCAAGGAUAUAACAACUCAAUUCUUCAACUUGUUACUGGUGACAACAGUAGCUGUUCAGAAACCAUUAAUGGAACAGUUUGGGAUCUUAACUACCCUUCCUUUGCCAUUUCUGCCAACACAUCAGGAUCAGGGAAUAUUAGUCAUGUCUUUAACAGGGUUGUAACAAAUGUGGGAUCGCCGUCGUCUACUUAUAAAGCUUCUGUGACAGCCCCGGAAAGACUUAAAAUCCAAGCAAAUCCUGACACUCUAAAUUUCACAUUUCUGGGAGAAAGGCAAGCCUUUACACUCACAAUUGAAGGAGCAAUGGUCCAGUCCAUAGUGUCUGCUUCUUUAGUCUGGGAUGAUGGUGUUCAUCAAGUGAGGAGCCCCAUCAUUGUGUAUCUUGACUAUAUCGUUUAUAUGGGUGAUCGUCCCAAGGGCGAAUUCUCUGCGUCUUCCGUCCAUACCAGCAUACUGCAACAAGUUAUUGGAAGUGGUGCAGAAGAACAUCUACUCUACAGCUAUCACAGGAGCUUCAAUGGGUUUGUUGCCAAGUUGACCCAAGAAGAAGUCCAGAGGCUGAAAGGCAUGGAAGGGGUGGUCUCAGUGUUCCCCAAUGGAAGAAAACAACUACACACAACAAGGUCAUGGGACUUCAUGGGAUUUUCUCAGAGUGUGCAAAGAGCACCUACUGAAAGCGAUAUCAUCGGAAUCUCUAUAAAUACAGUAGACCUUAAGGGACAGAUGCUCCCUCUCAUCUACGGAGGAGAUGCACCCAACAAAACAGCUGGUGCGGAUGGAUCCGAAUCCAGGUAUUGCGAGGAAGGCUCUUUGAAUGAGACCUUGGUACGAGGAAAAAUUGUUCUUUGUGAUGGGUUGGACACAGGGGAGGGGCCAGCACUUGCAGGAGCAGCUGGUUGUAUAAUGAGCGAUGAAAUUUAUCAAGAUGUGGCCUUUCUUUUUCCUAUACCUACUUCUUACUUGAACCUGAAGGAUGGAAGUAAGGUUGCAACAUACUUGAACUCAACUAGUGAACCAACAGCUGCUAUAUUCAAGAGUAUUGCGGUAAAGGAUGAAAUGGCCCCUUCAGUAGUUUCAUUUUCAUCAAGGGGACCUAACCCUAUCACAACAGAUAUUCUCAAGCCGGACCUGACUGCUCCUGGAGUGGACAUUUUAGCUUCAUGGUCACUAGCUACAAAAUUGUCAGAAUCUCCAGAAGAUAAUAGAGUAUCUCCUUACAAUAUAAUUUCUGGCACAUCCAUGUCUUGCCCACACGCGAGCAGCAUAGCAGCCUAUGUUAAGUCUUUCCACCCUACAUGGUCUCCUGCUGCUAUUAAGUCUGCUCUAAUGACAACAGCUUCUCCCAUGAAUGUUGAAUAUAACAGCGACGCAGAGUUUGGAUACGGAUCAGGUCAUCUGAAUCCAGUGAAAGCAGCUGACCCUGGAUUGAUAUAUGAUGCUGGGGUGCUUGAUUAUGUUAAAUUCUUGUGUGGACAAGGCUACAAUACUACACUUCUAAGGAUUUUGACUGGUGACAAUAACAGUUGUUCUGCGGCAAACACGGGAGCUGUAUGGGACUUGAACUACCCUUCCUUUGCUGUAUCAACCAAUUCUACGCAAUCCAUUACUCGCGUCUUCCAUAGAAAUGUUACAAAUGUUGGAUCACCAGUGUCCACUUACAAGGCAGCUGUUGUGACUCAGCCUGGAUUGGGGAUCCAAGUUCAACCAAGUGUUCUGUCUUUCAAGUAUGUUGGGGAGACCAAAUCCUUUGUUGUCACAGUUACAGCAGAGGUGUCGAAAUCGUUGAAUAGGAGCUCUGGAUCUUUAGUUUGGGAUGAUGGGGUGCAUCAAGUGAGGAGCCCAGUUGUCGCUUAUUAUCUCUUUGAAUCUGAAGUGUAAACAGAUUUAUGCACAAAUUACUAGUUGAAAAGCUGAAUU